AUGAGCUCGCUCCACUUCCCCAUAGACGUUGUGGAAGACAUCAUUGACGUCCUCGCCGCUCACAGUGAUCACACCGCACUCGCACGCUGCAUCUGGGUGUGCAAGUCAUGGCUUCCCCGAAGCCGCUACCGCCUCUGGCACAGGCUCAUCAUUUCUAGGGGCGACCAGCUGCCCGCGAUCUGCAACACCCUCAAACACGACACCUUUCUGCGCUCGACGGUUCAGAUCGUCCGGCUGGAGGUUGCACCGGGCUCGGAUGUCGACGCGCCAGGAACUCCCCCGAUCGCCGCCAUCACAGUCCUUCUUCCCUAUCUAGGUCACAUUAUCGCAUGGGAGUUCUACGGGUGCCUGGUUACAAGACUCGUGUGGUCUCGGGACGGCAGCCAGAUAUUUGUUCAAGAUUCAACGGCGAAAGUCCACAUCUACGACGCUCUGACAUUCACGCACCUCCGUACCCUCUCUCCUCCACCCAUCUACACGGAAACCUUCGGCGUGCAGGUUCGGCGUGCGAGCACUUUGGCGCUGUCGGAGGACGAACAAUAUCUCCUCUCUGAUGUCGCGCUGGCCCCCUUCACCUCCUCCUCCAUCAAACACAGUUCGAUCUGCGUUUGGACACUCGCCACCGGUUCUUGCGAACUCCACUUCCUCCGAUACUACGACAACGCAGUCCCAGGGAUCGACUCGAAGAUCUACGCGACCACUCUCCGCCAGCACUCAAGUCCACAAUGCGAAGACCCGGACCGUCCCCACGUCGUCGCGAUAUGCGAAAACGGCACUCUGCUCACCGCCGCGGUCGGCUUACCCGAUGCGGUUACCACCAUCCGACCUCCAGGUGACCUCCGACCCAUCCACGGCGCGUCCUUCUCCUCCGAGGGGACGCGCGUGCUGGUCGUGGGCGGCGUGUUCUGCCUCGUCUUAGACACACUCACCGGCGCGACGAUCGCCGGCAUCGACAGUGGCCGCUACGACACCCUCUUCAGAGGCAUCCCCACGAGCGCGAAGCUCUCCGGCGACGGACGGGUGGCGAUGAUACAGAACGAGCGGUCGCAGCGGUGGUUUGGGCUGCAGCCGGAGUGGUGGCUCCGGAAGGUCGAGGACGGGACGCUACACCAGGUGCUCAGCUGCGAGGACGGACCGGCUGUGUGGAAGUGUGCGCUGUCCCGGGACGGUUGUGUGGCUGGAUUCGCGACUGAAGAAGGAGAGGUAUUUUUCCGGAAUGUAGGGGACCUAGAUCUGUCCGACUCAGUUUCUGUGAUGUGA